GAGGAAGAAAGAGGAGAACAGGGGAACAGAAAUGUCAAACCACUUGAUUUAACGCAAGAUGGAUUCUCUUUUUCACUUUUUAGUAAAAUUGCUCUAAUGUAGGAUAUAUUUUAUUUAUAUUUAUAUAGAAGUUUGUAAAUUCUUUAUGCGACACCAUGGACUCUAACAUAAUGGCAUUUCUAGAAGAAUUCAUGGAGAGUGCGUUGGUGACUUGGGUACAGCUCUUUGAUGGUGUAGUGGACAGGGAGGACAAUGUCAUGCUCUACAACCAGUACGUGGACGUGGACUACAAGUCCCAGAAUUCCCAUGACCGCUACCUGAGGCUGACCAAUGGGAUCUUUCUCAACGAGGUCAUGAGGAUCAUAGACCCCAACCCGAAGCUGGAGCAUUUGUACCACAGUGGAAGAGACGACCAGAUUCUCAGAGUCCAGAACUUCUCCAUCCUCAACCGACACCUCAGGGCCUUCUACCAGGAAGACCUACAGCAGCUGAUUCUGAUGCCUCUUCCAAACACUGCCAUUUUGGGGCAAGACCCCCUAACAGAGGCAGCAGUGGAGGAGUUGAGGAGAUUGCUACUGCUUUUACUGGGAUGUGCGAUACAGUGUGAGAGGAAGGAAACAUUCAUACAGCAAAUCCAGUCGCUGGACAUCGAGACUCAAACUUCCAUUGCCAACUGUAUCCAGGAGGUGACCCAGGACCCCAGAGUGGUGCUGCCUCUGCAGUGGGAGGAGCUGGGAGGGCUGGAGGAGGUGGAGCUACAGGUGCUGUUUGGCUCCAUGGCCAGACAGAUCCAAGGCCUGCUGGCACAGAGAGACACACACCUGGAGAGGAUAGCAGAGUUGUGUUGGACACGCGAGGUCCAGCAGGUUGAGUCUCUCAUGGCGCUCCCAGGUGGUCAUACUGAGGAGCUGCCCCAGAGUCUGGCUGUCCAGCUAGCAGACAGCAGGGCCAAACUACGAUUCCUCAAACAAGAACUGGAAGACAAAGGAGAUCAACUAUUGGAUUACAAGCAGGAAGUUCAAACUAUGGAGGAGCAAUUGAAGAAACUUCAGAAAGAGAACCGCAGUCUUCAGGGUGAGGUGCGGGGAAUGCGUGCGUUGCGUGACGAGCUGGACUGUCUUCGUGACCGUGCAGGCAGAGCUGAGCAGCUGCAGACAGAACUACAGAGCUGCACUCAUAGACUACGCAGCCUGGAAGUCACUCGCACACAACUGAAGGAGCAGCAGCAGUUGUGUGUGGCGCUGCAGGAGACCCGAGUCCUGCUGGAGGAGCAGCUGGCAGACACACGGCAACGCUGCUCGGGCCUACGGGAGCUGGAGAGGCACAAUCUGCUGCUGCGACAGAGACUCAUAGACCUGGAAGGGGAGCAGGACACUGAGAGGCAGAGGGUCGAUGAGCUGUUAGAGAUGAACAUGGGCCUGGAGGCGGAGCUUAGACAUGUGCUUAGACACAACAACAACAAAACAGGCACGAUGACAGCGGCUCGACAUUUCCACCAAUCAGAGGUGGAGUCUGACGAGGAGGCUGGGCUAAGAGAGGAGCUAAGAGAAGAUAUUGAUCUGAAGCCUCUGAGUGUGGAGGUGGGUGAGGCUUCGUCACUGAGACUUCUGGGAGCUGAAAAUGAGAAUGCCGAGCUGAGGAGACGUCUGGAGGACCUGCAGUCUGAACAGGAGGUCAGGGGUCAGAGGCAAGCUGAUUUGCCGGAGGUGCGGGAGGAGCUGGCCUGUCUGGAGGCAGAACAUCAGAAUACACUAAGAGAGUUUCAGAAUGUCAUUAACGAAAAUGCCACUUUGAAAAAGUGCCUGGAACUGCUGUUGACAAAGCAUCAAAGUAUUGAGGAAGAACGUGAGAAAGGAGAGAAGGAGGAGAAGGGAGAGAAGGAGAGGGGAGAGAAGGAGGAGAGGGGAGAGAAGGAGGAGAGGGGAGAGAAUGAGGAGAGGGGAGAGAAUGAGGAGAGGGGAGAGAAUGAGGAGAGGGGAGAGAAUGAUGAGAGGGGAGAGAAUGAUGAGAGGGGAGAGAAUGAUGAGAGGGGAGAGAGGGGAGUCCAAGGUUCUGAGUCCUCAAGAGGAGAAGGGGAGGGUACUGCCCGGAAAGGGUUGGACAGUGAGAGGGGAGUCAACAUCAUCAGAACCCAAAGAGAAGCUGGAGUUGGGGCAGAGUUGCUCCAUCCUGAAGCGAGAGAGGUGCAACUAGACGAUCAGGUUCUGAAACCUAAAAAGAGAGAAGAAGAAGGUGAGAAGGAGAUCGGGAGAGAAAGAGAGAUAAAAUAUGUAAAAAAUGACAAGGAAGAAGAUCUUGGGAAGGCAGACAUUAACCAGGAAGAGAUAGAAGACCCCAACCCAGCCACUGAAGAAGAGAAACUGCCAAAAACAAAGUAUGGAGAAGAGAAGGAAAAGUCAGUGGAAAAAGACGUGUGUGUGUUCCCUGGGCUUGACGUGGAGCGCCUGGCCUCUGAGCUCCAGCAGGCCCUGGAGCAGGCUGACAGGCAGGCGUCUGUAGCCCAGGACCUGCGCUCCAAGCUGGGGGAACAGAGCAGGAAAGCCUGGGAGGCUGAGCAGAGACUGGUGCUACUGGAGGCCGAGGGACGGAGACUGAGGAAGACUACAGAGAGCCUGGCGGAGGCCAAGAGACAGAUAGAGGUGCUGCAGGCGGUGCGCCUGCAGAUGGAAGAGGAGCUAUGUCGUCUGCGGAGCCAGGCUGAGCUACAACGGAUGCAGGCCUCGGUCAUCGCUACUCUGGAGGGGGAGCGAGCCACGCUGGAGAGAGAGAGAGAGACCCUCCGUAGCUCUGUGGACACCCUACGCACUGCCCAACGCAAGGGUGACCAAUUGGAGCUGACGACCCAAGCCCUGAGGACGGAGCUAGAGCACCAGGGGAGGAGUCUGGAAUCGUCAAGGCGCAAUGAGGAGGAGUUAGAGGCAGAGCUUCGUGAGGUAGCACUAGAGGUAGAGUCUCUGACCCGGGGGCGGAACCAGGCUCUGCUGGAGGCCUCGCGAUUGGAGCAGGAGAAGGAGGCGUGUCAGGGAGAACUGGACAGUCAACGGAAGGAGCAGAGGCAGAGGGAGAGGGAGGCGGCCAGGCUGAGGCAGCAGCUACAGAGUACAGCAUCAGCCCUGGAACACAGCAACCAGAGGGCCUGCAGUCUGGAGACAGAGCACAGGCAUGUGUGUCAGGAGCUGUCUCAAUCCAAGGAGCUCUGUGCUCAAUUGCAAGAUCUGGAGAAGGAGCUCGGUCCUCGGCUACGGGGUCUGGAGAAGGAGAGCCAGGAACUUAAAGAGCUGAACACAAAAGCCCAGAAUAAAAUUAGAUCUCUGACUCAGGAGCUAGCCAAUGAGAAGGUGCAGUCCCAAGAACUGUCCAAUGAGGCUGCACGGCUGAAGCAGGAGUUUGAGAGGGUGGAGGCCGAACUGAAGACAGUUACUGCUGACCUUCUCCUUUCAGAGAAGUGGGAGAGAGAUGCCGCCUCUACUAAUUUCCCACCAGAAAGCCCUGCUAACAUACAGAAGGCUACAUCCUCAGACAGACUCACCCUAGAGCACCCAGAGGCUAAAGAUGCCCAACCAAAGGAGGGCCAUGACCUCUGUAUGACCUCAGAUGCUAGAGUAGAGAAGAUGGACUGGUCUAUGAGUGAACGACUGAUAGACCUGGAGAGAGAGAAUGCAGCGGUGGGCGCGGAGCGGGAGGUGUUGCUAUGCCAGCUGUCUCAGUCCCAGUCAGCCGGUAGCCACCUGAGGGAGCAGAUAGACACCCUGCAUCAUCACUCCAUCAGCCUGCAGGAGACCUGCACCAAGCUGCAGACACUCAACACUCAGCUACAGGUGGAGGAGGCGUCCCUGAGCUUCCAGCAUGCAGCAGCGUUGGCGAGGUGCAGCAAGAGCGAGGCCAGGUGUGCUGCUUUGGAGGCGGAGUCUAAGGUGUGGGCCAGGGAACAUGAGGAGUCAUUGGUCAGGACGGAGGGGCUGAGGAGGGACCAGGAGCGAAUGACAGCGCUGCAGCAGAGGCAGGAGGCAGAGCUAGAGGAGCUGCUGGAUAGACACUCCCAUCUGAGGACCAGCAACCGUAACCUGGAGACACAGCACAGGGAUCUGGAGGGAAGGUAUCAGGAGCUCCUGGGCCUCAAAUCCCAGAUGGAGGAGACAAAAAGAGAGAUGAAAAUGGAGAGAGAGAAGAUGGAGGGAGAGGUGCAAAAGCAGGCAGAGAGAGAAAGAGAAUUAGAGAGGCUGAAAGAAGAUAAUGAGAGGCUGCAGGGUGUGCAGCAGGAGUGGGCCCAGGUGCAGAGUGAGCUGCUGGCCCAGGGCUCGGUGCUGCGGGGGGAGCUGAGUGCUGCCCAGCUGGAGAGGACCAGGCUGGAGGGAGAGAUCAGCUCUCUGAGGGAGAACAACCAGAGACUGGAGCUCAGCACCGACCGCCUCACCAACCAGUACCAGCUGCUGACCCAGCUGAAGGGGAAUAUGGAGGAGGAGAACCGUCAUCUUUUGGAGCAGAAUCAGAGUCUGACCAAUCAGAACAGAGACCUGAUGGAGCAGAGCCUGGAGCGCAAGGACCAGCACCACUCACAGCAGAGAGAAUACCAGGAGAAGAUGGGUGAGCUGCGUAGAGAGAAACAGAAGCUGGUGGAGAAGAUCAUGGAUCAGUACAGAGUCCUGGACCCCAGCAUGCUUACACCCAGCAAGGCCAAGAAGUCCAACUGGAUAGCAGACAGGAUGAAGAAGCUGAUUAAGCCUAAAGGAGGAGGGAGAGAGGGACGUGCUCCGGUCUACGCUGCUGGCAGUAUAGAGAACCUGGCUGACAGUGCAGACUACCCACCAAACACACAGACUGCUGCUGGGACUGACCCCCGCAGUGCCCCCGUCUCCCCCUCCUCCCUGCGACGUGCCCCCUCCCUGGGUAUCUCUGACCAGACGGAAGGGCUGUGUGGGCUGCCGCUGCGUUCAAGUUCGGGGUACCGUCGAAAGCUCGGCUCCCGUCGAAAGCUGGCUUCACAGUCCUUCAGUCCCGGAGACCAGAAGACUUCACCCCUCGAGCGUCUACAAUCUGCAGAUAGAGGUUCCACGGUGAUCUGGGAGGGGCAGAUCAGCCCUAGAGACAAACUCACUCCCAAAACCACACCCAUGGCCUCCACCAGCCAGGAGAAUGUGAUGGAGGAGGAAGGGAGAGCCGUGAGUGGGGACAACAAUGAAGGACAUCUCAACUCAGACCCCUGCUGUCAGUCCAGUAAGGACUAAGAGAGAAUUACUGCCUUUCUGCUUCAACUGGAAAUACCAUGAUCCUUUGCACACAUCCGACCUCUCCGACCUCUCCAUACAGAUCUGAUCUAAGUCCAGAUAGGGACUCAUAUUAAAAGUGUCAAAUUCAAAUGUUUUGUCAGAUUUUUGUAAAAGGUCUCUAAUAAAUACAGUAUUUCUGAUCCAUUUUCCAUACACUGUAAA